UGUGUGUAGACCAGGAAAGAUAAACUCGGAGAAGAUCAGACUGUCCAUCCCCACCUUCUCUUUUCAUUCUGCAGCUCUUCCCAGGACACCAGAACUCCACACCUCACCUCUUUUCUUCCUAAACAUCCUGAGUCUGAAUUCCAGUUUUAGAUAAAGACCUUUCCUGAGAGGAGAGCCUUCACAGAGGAGCCAUUGCCAUAAGAUCAAGGUCACCGCUACUGAAGCACUUUCUACCAUCCAGAGCCAUGAGUUGGGCCACCAGCUUUGACAAAUUCUUUACGAAUUUUAAGAGGGAAAGCAAAAUCCUCUCUGAGGAUACCAUCACCCUGAUUAAAUGCUACGUAGAGAAAAUGGAUCUUCAGAAAGCAGCUUCUGUAAUCAGUAAUGCACUGAGAGACAUCAAUAAUGCUCCUCUGAACAUCGCCGUGACUGGGGAAACAGGCACAGGGAAGUCCACUUUCAUCAACGCCCUGAGGGGGGUGGGGCAGGAAGAGGAAACUGCAGCCCGCACUGGAGUGACAGAGACAACCCUGAAGAGAACUCCAUACCCACACCCAAAGCUUCCCAACGUGACAAUAUGGGACCUGCCUGGCAUUGGGUCCACUACCUUCCAGCCAGAAGACUAUCUGAAAACAAUGAAGUUUGGUGAGUAUGACUUCUUCAUUAUCAUCUCCGCUACACGCUUCAAAGAAAAUGAUGCACAACUGGCCAAAGCCAUUGCCAAGAUGAAGAUUAAUUUCUACUUUGUCCGAACCAAGAUAGACAUUGACUUAUAUAGUGAAAAGCUGAGUAAACCCAAGUCUUUCAAUAAGAAUGCAAUCCUGAGGAAAAUUCGAGAAGACUGUUCAAGGCAUCUUAGGAAGGCUCUUGGAAGUGAGCCUCCGAUCUUCUUGGUCUCUAACUUUAAUAUGGCUGACUAUGACUUCCUGAAGCUGAAUACUGCACUCCUAGAAAAUCUCCCACCCCACAAGCGCCACAUCUUCAUCCAGUCUUUGAAAAGUGUUACUGAAGAGAUCAUUAACCAAAAGAAAGAUGCUCUGAAGCAAAUGGUCUACCUAGAGGCAAUGAAGGAAGGAGCAUUGGCCAUGGUUCCAUUUCUUGGCACGAUCAGAGAUCUCACAAGGAAUCUGGAUCGAAAACUCAAUCUCUACAGGUCUUCCUUUGGGCUGGAUAAUGCCUCAUUGGAAAAUAUUGCCAAGGAUUUUAACAUGUCUGCGAAUGAAUUCAAAGCAUACUUUCGGUCUUACCAUUUGUUUGCAGAAGACAAUGAUGAAUCCUUAGAGGAAAAGCUAUGGAAAUAUAUGAAAAAUUUUGUUAUUGUUUUUGGUGGGCCACCUCUUGCUGGCUAUUACUAUGAAAAGGCUUACUAUUUGCAAAAUCUGUUUCUUGAUGCUGCAGCAAAUGAUGCCAUAGCUCUUCUUAAUAAGGAAGGUCUUUUUGAAAGGAGGGUGGGACCAUAUAUAUCUAAGGCCCCUGAUUACUGGGAAUAGUGGGAAAAUGAGGCAAGAAAAUUCCAAUCAGUGUUUACUUUUGGCCUCACUUUGGGCACUGACUCUUAGCCUACUCCAGAGAAAUAAACCUUCUCUGUAGAGAGCCAAGGGGUCAUUCUUUGCCUCUUCUGGGGCCAGAAGAUCACUGUGGAAGGCACUCAAGUUUCUGUAGUAGGAGAAGAAGAGGAGUCUUCAACGUUGUGCAAAUAUGUAAGGAAACCUCAUUUUCACUAAAGUCUAUGUUUAAGAAACACAUGGUAGUUCAGAUUGGCUCUUCAAUGUCAAAUGAAUCCUGGAACUUUUACCUCUGUGAAAGUCUUCACGUCCUUCUGCAUUCUCACAGACAGCUCUGUUUGCUACAUUGCUUUGAGGGGUUUUUGAAACACGAGCAUCUGUGCCCAACACUGUGUAGACAAACACGCCUCUUUUGGAGGUGUCUCCCACACCAGGAGGCACAAAACAGAUGGGUAUUGUGACCAUUAGCCAAGUUCCAUCUGGAAGGAGUUUGAUUUAAAAAAAAAAAAAAGGAGAACAAAAAAAACAAAGACAACUGAACACAUCUGUAGAUCCUCUUGGUCCUUGCAAAUAAGAACAGCUAUUUCAUCUCCUUUUUGUGAGGUGCAGUGUGAAAACUUGACACAGACAUGCAACUCAUAAUGACCAAGUCUAGGUAGUUAUACUGUACAUAUCCUCAACCAUGUUUUAAUUAUCUGAUUCACAUGUAUUAUGUCCAUAUUAAUGAGGACAGUGUUGCAUUCCAAUGCAUAUAUAGCAUGUAUACUGCGUUAUUUUUUCUCUU